AUGGCUGCUGUUUCGAUGGAUGCUUUGGGUGCCUUCUCCCAUCUGAAGACCAGCCUACCUUCUUGGAUUACUCGCGUCUCGGAGCUCGCUGCACACACGUCAACCAAACACGCCGAAUACACUGAAGCCUUUCGGCAACACGCCACCCGAAAACCUCGUCGGCGGAGGAAUAGCUCCGUCUGUUCCAUUCACACCGAUGGCCUCGUCCCAAUCGCCCAAACCGAGGACCCCGCACCAGACUUAGUGGAAGACAAGCCUACAGAAUUCAAGCCGAGGGAUUUGACUGUGCCGGCGCAAAUCGCUGGACGUAAGCGAGGCACAGAUGAAGCCCCAUCUCUCUAUUCCAGUGACCGAUAUACCUUGGUGAGCACCCGGCAUAAUGUCAUCAUUGACUAUGAUGGACACACCCAGAAAGUUUUGGAAGAGGUGGUACGGGAUAUUGGUGUCGCCAGGAAUCACAUUCGACGAGGGAAGAUGUCGACGAUGUCUCAUGUCGGUCUUAGGGCGAAUUUGUUAGGUAAGACCGCAUUGGGAGGUAGUCAACUUGGUCAAUCGGAUGUGUUAUCCUAUGUCCGCAGCACGCGUACUGCCAGUGGCAUCGUUGGCGUGACCGGCACCGCGGGCCCUCGCAAGGAAUCCCCAUAUGACUUUGCAGAUAAGCAGUUGGAACUCGCCCACGGUCUCUGCGAAACAGCAGCAUAUCAGGUACUCCGGUCGGGCGAUUGUGGCACAGAACUCGAUGGCGUGGAAGAGAAGUUCAAGAUGCUGCUAGAGAUGGUCACCAAUGAAGUGACACGUCUGGAAGCAGAGAAAAAGCAACAGGUAGAAGAGCAGAAGGAAGAAGAAAAAGAAGAAAAAGAAGGAAAAGAAGAAGAAACCCAACCCGAAGCACCACCUGUCAAACCACCUCUGACUCCGACCGCGCAACGACUCGCCAGGCUCGCCGCACUCACCGCGAGCGUCAAACCCCCGACGACCACAACAGGCACCAUCGAGGUCGACGACACCUCAUCCAUCUCGGCCGAGUCCAUCGAUCUGUCUGCAUUCCGAUCAUCCCGCAUCCGAGUGUAG